GUCGCCUCGAAGCAGACUGCGACCGAGCUGAGUGAGCUGAAGGAGCGCUUCAGCCAGUCUCGUGCGCGGAUUCUCCAGAUCGAGUUCAUCGAGGGUGAGAAUCGACGCCUCGAGGGAGAGAGCCGGACCCUGAAGGACAAGCUGAAUGCCAUCGACGCCCACAAGCAAAUCGCGCCGCUGCAAGAUGAGCUCCUCGAGCAGACGAAGCAGCGAAAUGCUGAACUGGAAGCAGACCGGAACUUUCACAAGAGCAAAGCAGAGGAAUGGAAAUCCCUGUACGAUGCCUGCAAGGUCAAGCAGGAGGAUGUCGACAAGUGGACUGCGCAGGAAGCUGAGCUCAAGGAGAAGAUCUCGGGCCUCGAGGCAGAGUUGGAGGCGGAAAGAACGAUGCUAAACGAUCAGUGCAGCAAGAACGAGGCCCUGACCAAGGCACAUGAGGAGCUGGAGAAGGAGGUCAAGGAGAAGGACCGUCAAGCGCAAGAAGCCGCAGCAGAGCAGUCUGAGCUCAACAAGAAGUCCGCCCAGCUUGAGGCGAAGCUGGAGGAGGAGCGCGCCAAAGCGCAGGCCUUGGCCAAGGCCAGGGAUGACCUCGAAAAUGUGAACAAGGAUCAGGAGAAGCGGCUGAAAGCCAAUGAAGACCUGAAGAAGCUGGGACAAAAGCGCCUUGAUUUGGUGAAUGGCGAGAAGGCAAAAUUGGCGGAAGAAAAUGCGAAGCUGAAGUCGGAUGCGGCAAGGAGCGUCCCACAGGCUGAGAAGACCAAGUUGACUGAGGAGAUUGCGAAGCUAAAGGCCGACAAGACCAAGCUGAACGAGGAGAUUGUGAAGCUGAAGUCGGACAUGGCAAAGCGAGUUCCGGAGGCAGAGAAAGCCAAGUUGCUGGAGGCCGAGAAGACCAAGUUGACUGAGGAGAUUUCGAAGCUGAAGUCUGCAGCCUCGACGGCGAAGCAGGUUCCAGAGGCCGAGAAAGCCAAGCUGCUGGAGGAGAUCACGAAGCUGAAGGCUGAACUGUCAAAGCGGAUUCCCGAGGCCGAAAAGAGCAAGCUGGUUGAGGAGAUCACGAAGCUGAAGGCGGACGUGGCAAAACGGACUCCUGAGGAUCUGAAGGCUGUGCAGAAGCACGCUGACCUGGCCAUACACCUUGCCAUGGAGUACAGGAAGGCCCUUGAAGCCUUGAUUCCAGAAGUCGAGAGGGCCCAGGAAAAGUCCCAAGAGACGAAGCUGCAUCCAGCUCCGAAGCCUAAAGAAGCUCAGGCCCCAGGCGAAGCCUCUCCAAGCCCAGCGGCUGGGCAAGUUGGGGGCAUCAAGCGCAAGGCGGAGAGCCCUGGGCCCCUGCGCUUGGACCAGCUCAAGGAGGCCAAUGUUCAGGCCAUGGUGGAGGAGCGCGCGCCCAAAGCCGGGCGUAGCGAAGGCUCGGCGCAGCACCCGCCCAAUCAGCCGCCUGCAGUGAAGAAAGCGCCCGUGGCGCCAAAGGCUCCGCACGCGCAGCCAGGCCCGAGCUCGCCAGCCGGCGGAGCCACCCCGACUGCCAAGGCUGAAGGGGCUGCCGCAUCGCCAUCCUUGACCCCAAGAGCCGCCGCAGUCCAAGUGGUGGACGUCGUGGACGAUGACGACGCUGCGGAAGCUCCACCUGCAGCACCGGCAUCCUGA